AAUUAAAUAUGAAAAGACUUUCACAUGUAUCUCACAAGCUGUACUCUCAGUUAUUGUUAAGAUACUUUUUAUUAAUAAGAUGCAAUGGUUCUGUACUACAAAGAACUAAUAGAGUAAUCUGGGAUCUCCAAACUAGAUUGGCCUUCCUUAUAACUCUUUUGUCAUUAAUUUUUGUGACAUCGGCAGCAGUUGAUUAUGAAUGGAAGAUACAAAAAUUACAAGCUGGUGAAACCACAGUUAUUGAAGAGAACAUUGCAAGUAAUCCAAGAAUUUAUGUUCACUACACUACAAGCGGAGGCAGUGUUCUUGGGAACGAACCAUCAAGAACGCCAAUGGGUUUACUCUAUGGAGAUCAAGCAGCUUCAUCAAUCAAUUACUCUCCAAGAAUCACAUUAUCAGGAAGCUUUACUAUCUCAUUUUGGGUUUAUAUCUUAGAACCCAGUGCAACGUCUGCAGUAUUUUGCCAAAGUACAAGUGCAGGUGCCCGAAGGAUCUGCUUCUUCUAUGAUGGCGGGAAAAUGAAAAUAAUUACAGUGAACGCAUAUACAGCUACAGGGCAGACGCUUACAUCAAGCACAAUUGGUUCAAGAACUGGCUGGAAUGUACUCUCUUUGGCAUCUGAUGGAACAAACUUUGUGGUGAGGAACAUUCACAGAGGGGAUUCUACCUUGUUCACUGAAUCCUUCACUCAAGCCGCUUAUACUUCAGACUCAUACUUGACUAUUGGUGGAGAGAACUCUAACGGAGCGAUAAUCAACUCUUUCAAUGGAAUGAUCAACAAAAUGUUUUACUCAGAUUACUUUGUCUCAAAUUCUGAUUUGACUACACUGCUCAAGAUCCCAGGCAAAGAUGAAUGUCCAAUAAGCUUUUGUGAGUAUUAUAAGACAGAGUUCUUUGGAAUUAACAGACAUCAAGGAGUUCAGAAGUAUAUAGUAAAUAGAGCCUGGUUUUUACCUACUCAGACAACAGCAGCGUAUAAUGAAGACUCAAUGAGCUUUGCUAGUAAUAAUAAUGGAAUUAUUUUUGAUACCACGAAGCAACUAUACUUUGCUGAGAUAUAUAAUCCUUCUGACAAAAAUUUUGGAUUUGAAAUUUGGUUCACAGGGGAUAUUGGAUCCUCUGGUGAAGUCUUUUUUCAUCUUUACGCAGUCUCAACUACAACAACUUUGUUUAAAUGUAAAAGAAGCUCAGACAACUUGAUCUGUGAAAAUAGUGUUGCCACUUACACUUUCACAAAUGCAUUUACAGGGCACGUGAAUAACAAAUGGACUAUGAUUUAUAUUGGCUUUGGGCCUUUGACAAACUCUCAUAACCGUUUUGGAGUGUGAGUCUACAUCAAACAGCCAGAUGCAAGCCUAUCAUUUUCUGAGUGUCAAAUACCAGCAAGCGAUGACUUCUCUCCACUGUAUCCUGCAGUUUCAACUUUCUUCAAUCUGACCUUAGGACUGGGAAUGGAUGGGUACAUGGGCAACUUCUAUAUUACCAAUAGGUACUUGAAGUACCCAGAAGUAUUUGACGUUAAUGAUAUCGCAAGGACAGACAACAGGAGAUUCUGCAAUGAGAACACCUUCGAACAAUCGCCCUUCUGCAUCUCAGAGGCUGGAUGUGGUAAUGGAAUAGUGGAUACAGGGGAGCAGUGAGACGAUUCAAACCAUCCGAGUCGCAAUGGAUGCGACUCUUCUUGCAAUGAAGAAUAUAAAUACGAAUGUUUUGAAUCAUCGAGGUAUGGGCAAACUUUCUGAUAUGAUCGGUGAGGCAAUGGCAGAUCUGAAGCCGCUCAGGAUGAAGAGUGAGAUGACGACAACCGAUCCAGCGGAGAUGGAUGCAACUCAAGUUGUAAGCUCGAAGUUGGCUAUACUCAUACCGUAACAGAAGGACAACUCUCGACUCAUGUUCCUAUCUGAGGCGACCAGAUUAAAGUUCCUCAAGAACAAUGUGAUGAUAAUGACAUUAAUGACGGCGAAGGAUGCAGAAGCGAUUGUGCAGGGGCUUUACAAGGGUGGACUUGUGAUUCAGCAAGCCCAUCUGUUUGCAGUUACACGAUCAAUGAUGGAAUUCGAGCAAUCAACAAAGAAGAUUGAGAUGACGGAAAUAAUGAUGACAAUGAUGGGUGCUCAACACUUGGAGUCAUUGAUCCUAAAUAUUCUUGCCAAGAUGAUUUGGUAGGUAAAAGUAUUUGAGUUUUGAAGUGUGGGGAUGGUAUCGUGGAAGCAAGUCUCGAGGAAUGUGAUGAUGAAAACAUUGUUGACGGGGAUGGCUGAAGCUCAACUUGCACAGUAGAGUCUGGCUAUUCAUGAGUCACCAACUCUUCAGGCCAGAAUGUAUGCCACAAAAAUGUGAAGAUGAGUUUAGAGAGUAUUUCAGAUCAAAAUGUGGCUAUGAUAUCUUUUAACUCUGAUAUGGAAAUAUUUGAAAUUGCAACUAGUGAUUUAUCUGUCGUUGUUACAGGCCCAGCAAACAACUAUGAUCUCUCCUAUACUUCUAAAUUUACAAAUUCUACCCACUUAGAAGUGGAUGUUAAAAUGAUCUCAACAUUAUAUGGAGGAGGAAGUGAGACAAUGAAUAUUACAAUUGAUCAGUCUAAAUUUAAAUCAUCUAAUGGAGCAUCUGUUGAGAAUAAUUCUGUGAAAGGAAUUGCAAAUCAAAUAUUAGAGAAUGGAGCAAUGCUCAAUGCAUGAAAAAGUGCAACCUCAUCAAUGCUUCAGUUUACAAUGGGCAUCAUUAUAUCCACAAAUGUUUUAUUAGGAGAUUCUCUGGAUUUACAUUGGGCUUUUAUGAAUACUCUACAACUGCUUUAUUACUACCCAUUCUUCAGCGUAUACUUCCCAAUCCAUGUGGUGAGCUUCUUUAAGAGCUUUACGAUUUCAAGGUUCGAAGUAGACUUUAUCAGCAAUUCUCAGAACAGUGCACUUGAUUACUUCAUUAGCAACGAGAAGUAUCAUCUCGAGACGAGCAACAAAAAGUUUAUUGAGAAUGAUCUGGAAUCAUCUAAUAUCCUCAGGAAUUUAUCAAGUUUGACAAUAGCAUUUGUACAAGGAACUAUACUGUGUUUUAUUUUGUUGGCAAUAAAAGGAAAGUUUGUCACAGCCCAACAGUAUAUCAAGCAAGCUUUACAAGAAGAGAAUAAGCACUGAUCAAAUAACAUUGACUUCCCAGCUUCAGAGAUGGCUCUAAACCGAAAUGUUUUUUCAAAGAACUUGAGAUCUUCUGUGCAUGAUAUAAGCUGUUCUCCUAGCGGCCAUUUGGAUACCCAAGCAGCUUCAUCUGGUAAACCAUCUUCUAUCUCUCGUAUGAUUAAGGACUACAAGUAUGAGUUCUUUUUGAGAUUCGGGAUCCAGAUGUAUCUCGAUGCUUGAGUGCUCUCAAUGCUCGAUCUCAGUGAAGGCUCAUUUGAAAAUUGGAUGCAGAUCUGAUCAUUCAUCAUCUCCAUAAUCAUCUUGGCAUGAUGUCUUUAUGGCUGAUACAAGUUGCUAGUAUUCAUAAUUAAACUCUCAAUGCAGAUACAUAGACACCCGGGCGAAGUUCCUCAAGGUUUUGAAGUACUGUAUACAUUCUUCAAGCCAAGGAGCAAGAUUUAUUUACUAUAUUACCCCUUUUUCAUGAUAAGAAGAUUAGCAUUUGCAAUAGCAUUGAUCACUAUGAAUCAUUACCCUUUCAUCCAGUGCUCUGUUGUGGUAGUUUCUUUCUUCAGCAUGAUGCUGCUUCAUGUGAUUUUCAGGCCUUACAAAAGCUGGGUGUGCAAUGCAGUCACUUGUAUUAAUGAAAUCAUCUUGUUCUGAACAGCUGUAUCUUUUUAUAUCUUCCAUACCACAGAAUAUCCUGCUAAGCUGAUGUCCGAAGUUGGUUGGAUGCUUAUUGGUUGUGUCUUUUUCUUGGUCAUCUUUAAUAUUUUGGUGCUGCUUACUAUUAAGAUUACCACACUAAUUCAAAAAUGCCAAAAAUCUACAUCAAGCUCGACCCAAACACUAAACCGCUUCAAAAAUCUCCAAAGGGCCAGACAGGCACUAAAAAUCCAAAAACUCGAACCUCCCCUCACCCGUAACAGACUCUAACCAAACAACCUCCUAAAUUCAACCCUCUUA